GCUAAAAAUAGUAAUUAUAUUAUGGGUUAGUUGAUGUUGUAGGAUUAGAUGUUUUGAAUGUGAAUUAAAAAUGGUUAUAUCUUUGUAGACUUCAUGAUUUAUUAGCUCUAUUGUAUUUUAUAAUUAAAAUUUUACAUAUUUAUCCAAUAUUAUAAAAUCAUGUAUAAGGAUGGGUUGCAAAAACUUUCUCGAUCGGAGUAUGAAACGGGUAAGAAGCGUAUAUGAAUUUCUGAAAAAGGGAUGGGGGUGGUUUAAGUUAAAAAAAAAAAAAACUCAUUGUUAAGCAUGAAACCCGCCCAUACCCGCACCUCAUGCAUGCCCCCGUUAUCAUCCCCUUGAUGUGCUAAUUAACAACGAGAUUUUAAUUAGGUACGAAAUGUCAUCAAAAUAUAUCCGAUUCAUCGUAUAGGCAGAGUCAGUCACCUUUGCCCUUGUCCCAGGACAGAGGUAAAAUUUGGGGCUCGAAAAAAAUACCACUCUUACACGUAACAUAAGAAUAUUUUGACAUUAUACCACAACUCAUUACUUGUUCAUGAAUUGACAAAAAGACUAAUUAAUUUAUUGGUUCCAUUCAUGAUAUUAUUAUUCGACAACUGUAUGUUCAUGAUGAAUUAUCUUGAGUUAAGGUAGAGAUAUAAGUGUAUGUCAUUUUCUUAAGUUUAUUUCCUUCUAAAGGUAGUUUUGAUUCUACCAUUUGCAACUAUAAGUUAAAAAAAAAACAUUUUUUAGCUUGAGCUAUAUUAAAAACAAGCUUCGAAGUCAAAUUGGUGAUCGAUUUGCUAAUGAUUGUUUAGUGGGAUAUUUUGAAAGAGACUUUCUUAAGAGUGUAGACGAUGGAUCUAUUUUGCAUUUAUUUUAGAAUAUGAAAACUCAUUGUGAUAGUUUAUGCAAAUAAUAAUUGUAUAGUCGGUUAUUUUUUUAUUUAUGAAUGUAAUAUCUUGGUAUUAUUAAUUAUUUAUAUGUUUAUAUUUUGAAAAGAGGACAGGGGUAGUUUCUAAUCCUGCCUCCGUCACUGGUUCAUUGUAUAACCAUGCAGCUUCAUCCUACCCUUACUUCAUAUUGCAACUGAUCUGUCGACCCUUGUUCACUUUUUAUCUUUAUUUCCAUAUCUUGAUUUGGUUGUCCAACCUAAUUAUCUAAGUGACUGCAACCGUGACAAUUGACCUCCUAUCUACACUAUAGCAAACAGCAUAUACAUAUAUAGUUAACAGUAGGUCGGUCGAUCGAUGUCCCAGCUGGAUAUAUAACGUCAAUCUUGAUAGCACUGUGCUGAAUCAUCGUAUUGGAUAAUGUUUGAUCAUCACCAGCCAUGCAUGCACAUAUAUUAAUCCUGACUCUGCAACUGCACAGAAAAUGAUUUGAGCUAACAUAUAACAUAAACAUAUACGGUGCGGCGUGAUACCACGUAAAAAGACUGCAGACACCUUCCCUUCUCAUCCUCAUCCUCACACUCUCUUUUCCGUGACACCCUUCCCUUUGAGUAAACUCGGCGCAAUCCUCGUUUAAACUACGCUUUCUCUGUAUUUUAUCUUUACGUAGCCAUCGCCAUGCAUCACGAGUUCCACAUAAAUGUCCUCCCCAGUCCCCUCCUUUUUUUCCAUAUAAGCUGUAGCAUCGGCACACAAACCGUGAAAGGAAGCUAACCAACAAAAACCAUGCAGAGCCUCCAAAGAACCGUGUCGGAUUUUUCCUUCCACCUCACCACCAAGGAAGCAGCUGCAACGGGCAAGCAGCUUCCGGCGAUAGGAGAGGCGGCGGCGGCUGUGUUGGAGGAAGGGGAGGAGGAGUUGGCCAAGUGCGAGUGCUGCGGGAUGGCGGAGGAGUUCACGCCGCAGUACGUGAAGCGGGUGAGAGACAAGUUCAUGGGGAAGAUGGUGUGCGGGAUGUGCGCGGAGGCGAUCGGGAGGGAGGCGGAGAAGAACGGCGGGAAGAGAGAAGAGGCGGUGAAGGAGCACAUGAAGGCCUGCGCUAGGUUUAACGGCCUGGGGAGGAAGUAUCCUGUGCUCUAUCAGGCCGAUGCGGUGAAGGAGAUACUCAAGAAGAAGCGCAGCCAGGCCGGAAAGGCCGCCGCCGCCGCCGCCGGUGGUGGUGGUGGGCUUGCUAGGAGCUCCAGCUGCAUGCCGGCCAUCGCUAGGGAUCUCGCGGCGGCGGCCGGCCAGCGGCGGCAGUAAAUGCAUACUUGAUUAUGCGGAACUAAUUAAGAGAGUGAGGAUAUGAUCGAACAUGAAGUUUAUAGGAUAUAUAUAAUAUUGUACUUAACACUUGAAGGUUACGGUGUUAGUGUAAUAUUGGAGAUGUAUGUUUGUUUCUGUAAACUUCCCUUUGAUUGCUUUGUUGUAUUAACUAAUUUCACCAUUGCCAAAAAAAAAAAUGUUAUAUUGGAGAUGUAUUAUUAUUGCUUAGUUAUAUAUGUAUCAUGUGAAUUGUACUUCUGUCGUUUUUGGGUUGAAGGCAAAGUAGUCUAUGUAACAAUGAUAUUUUAUUCUCAUUAUAUAAUUCUUUGAUUAUAUUAAGUCUAUGUUCGUGGUUAAGAAUACGUUCAUCAAAAUUCGUCACUUUUAGGGUUUAUUCUUCAAAGUUAUCUAUUAAUUGACGUGUAUAAUCUAAUCGUGAAGUAAUGAGGAAAAGUAAUUAAUUUAUAUGUGAUCACAAACCUGUACCUGGGUCACCAAAUUAGACAAACCCUAAAGUACGAACCUAAUUGUGAAGUAAUGAGGAUUGAGGCCGGGGAAAGUAAUUUAUAUAUGUGAUCGUAAUUCGUAAACAAAUGGGUCAAACUAAAGAUACAAAAGGUUCUCAAUUUCUGCUCCAUUAAGUUGUUUAUUCACUAAUAAACCAUUUCUAAAAUUAUUAGACUUUUUGGGUAAUGUAUGAGAGAAUGGUAUACAAAUUUGAGUUCGGUAUUUGAUAUUGAAAUAAACAAUCAUUAUGGUCUGCACUCUGCAAUAUAAAAUAUUACAUUGGCAUAACAUUAUGUUUACCCUCCAUAGAUUGAUAUGUCAUUGUCACUUAUAAUUCAGUUGAUCCUACAAUAUAAUUUGCUAGUUUAGAAUUUGAAAAAAAAAAAAAAUUCUUUAAACUUUCUAUUUCAAAAACGGUAUUACUGCAACAAAACACUGGUGUAUCACUAAAACUCCACAGCACUAGCAUUAGAUCUCGUCAUGCUGAAGACCUACCAGUUUGCAUGAAUCAAGAUUAAUCAUUGAAGAAGAAAAAAAUCACUCGUGAGGCCAGCUGAAUUGAAACACUUGAUUAGACCGUGCACAUCCCACCUUGUUUAUUUAUUUAUUGUUGCUCACAAUUUGCUGUAGUGGUCAUUGAUUGUGGGUUCUAAGUUGAUUGAAAAGAGAUACAUAUCAAAUCAUGAUGAAAAGGGUAAAGUAAAGUAUAUACUUUGUGCCCAUUGUCUCCUCCAAUCUAAUUUGACUGAAUUUUAGUGUUUGUUUGGUUUUGGUGAUAGUUUGGUUGAGAUAGUUACAAUUAGAAAUGAUAAUGGGGCAUGUCUGGGUUGGGUAUCUCGAUACCCAGACCCGCCUCGUGGCAGGUUGGGUUCAAGUCGGGUAAUUUAUCAUGGAGCACGGGUCGGAGCAGGUCGACCCAAUGGGUAUGUAAUUUAUGUAAAAAACUUUAAAAAUAUUCAUUAUUUUCAUUAAAAGAUCAAGAAAUAAACCAUAAUAUGAUAAAAUGUAGUUAAAGUAUUGGAGAAAAUGAGGUUUUCACUUAUUUACAACUUUAUUAUAGUUAAAAUAUUAGGUGAUACGAGGAAAAUUCUAAGUAAUUUGACUAAGAUUACAUGUAAUUUAAUUAAGAAGGGGGCGAGAAUGGAGCGGGUCAGGGCAGGUCGGGUCGAUGAGAGGUACCCAUGCCCGCGGCCCGCCCCAAAACAGGCCAAACAUGUCGAGUAAAACGGGUCAGGUUGAAAUUGUCAUCCCUACUUACAAUGCAUCGCUUUUUUUUUUGCACAAACAAUACAUGCAUUGUUUGCUUCUUCCAACUAUGUCCCUAUAUUUUUUAUGUGUUGGUUUUUCAUGUUAAAAUCAUGUGUAAAAGUAAUUAACAUUUCACUCAAAAAAUAUAUAACUGAUUUAAAU